AUGUCUGAAGAGCAGUAAGCAAAGUUGUCUGAUGCAGAAUGUACUUCAAGGGGGCUCCCGGAGUUCGAAGAUGAAGAACGCUGGUUUUUCAAAGAUAACACUGGUAAGCAGGAGGACGACUCAUUGGGCCUUGGUUAUGGAAUAACCAUGGUGGAUAACAAUUCUGCUUUGCACUUGGUUUUCAGCCAAGAUUCUCCCAAGGCCAGGUGCAUCAGAGUUGCUAACACUACCAUGCAGUCAUUUUUCUACCUGAAUGAUGUUCUUCAAGAGGACAAAGUAAGCAGCACCGAUGAUCAUGACACUUGUCAUACUAUAUGCACUAAAGAAGAUGAUGAGACCAGCCACAGUGAUAGUGACACUAAAGAUAAUGUGAAGGUCAUCAUUGGCACAAUAAAAACAAACCCCUCCAUCUAUAUGGAGAUGCUCACUAAUCUGAAGUCAGAAGCAGAUCAAGACUUGGAAGUAGCUACAUCAGAAAUAGAGGAUGAAAUGAGAGGAAGAAGUGACUAA